GGAUUCGGUUUGCUCUCAUUUGAUGACCUAAAAUCAGGUCUUUUGCUGCAGGCCAGUUUAACUACUCUCUCUCACAUCAAUAAACACACGCCAACUGUUUCCUCUCAUUGCAAAUGAGCUUUAGAGCAAAAAGAGCCAAAGUUGGCGACAUGUGGCAGGCUAUAUCUCAAAGCAGGAUUUGACUGAAGUAAGAAUAUGAGAAUUAUAACCCUCUUUAGCAACUCAAAUCCAGUGGCAAUGGUUAGCCGUGAGAACGAGCCUGUGAUUCUGGAGUCCUGUUUGGUGAUCUGGGACCUUUAAGAGUGUCGGAUCUACCUCCUCUGUUGAGCGAUGGUGCGUUUGAGACGAUGCAGGACAAGAGCGAGGGACAUGCGAGAGAACUCUCCGCUGUUCCAGUACUUGCAGGAUCUGGGACACACAGAUUUUGAGGCAUGUUCUCCCGCCCCUCAGGAGGAGGAGCCAAGCGCUGGUGGAGAGGAGGCGCAGUAUCCUCAGGAUAUCCUCUCAUCUCACAGAAAGGGUGGUGUUUGGAGGCUGGUUGAUGCUCUGCGCAGUCUGAAUCCUCUUCAUCAAGACAGCGCCACCCACUGGCAGGAGCAGCAGCUGGACGCUGUGUUCCGGCGGUUUUCUCUGCGCUGUCUGUUAUCUCAGGAUGUGCUGUUACAAGAGGAUGUUGAGCUGAUCGAGCUCUUAGAUCCAAGUGUGCUCUCUCUGGGCUCCAGUGAAAGCGUCUGUCCCAGUGCCAGCACUGCUGUGCCAGCACCACGCUACCUCUCGUCACCCUCUAGAUGGGAUGUGUCCGUAUUGGUGGGGCUUCUAGCUGUCCUGCUCGGCGUGUGCUUGUCGUACCCUGACCACGAGCGGGCUCUGUGGCUGUGCGGUGUCCUGGUGUGUGUUACGUGUGUGUGUCGUGGUCUGUCUCUGUGGCGUAAGGCCGUUAUUCAGCGUCUCCUCCAGUCUUUGGCUCUCCAGCUGGAGGGUUUGGUAAACAACAGCCGAUCGCUGACCAGUCUGUCUCGCAAAUCACUGCGACUCAUACAGGAGACAGAAGUCAUCUCACGAGGUUUCACCCUGGUGAGUGGCGCCUGUCCCUUUAACAGGGCGGGGCAGCUUCACAGCCAGCAGCUGAUUGGUCUACGGAAGGCGGCCUAUCAGAGUCUUCGCUGCGCGUUCCGAGCCUCUCGCCUCGCCACAUGCGUCAUGCUCAAGUCAUUUCCGAUUAACUCAGAGAUUGACAAUGUCACCAACUACGUGUCCACCGUGCCAAUCAGAGAGCUUGGUCUCGGUCUGGGGGUGGAGCAUCUUUCUGAUGAACAGGCACAAGAACUGACCAAUGAUUACAGUCUGCCUUCACUCAAGAUGUUGUUCCAGUUGUGGGUCGGGCAGAGCUCUGAGUUUUUCCGGCGGUUUGCUCUGCUGUUGUCUCCGGGGAGGGAGGAGCUAGACUCCAGGCCCAGCCCUGUCACGUACAGCAGCGUCCCAUUGAUUACUGACUCUCUCCAUCGCACCCUGGCCAUUUGCCUUGGUGAUCUUCAGCGAAGCUAUGAUUUCCAUCGCUACUUUGAGACGCAGCACCAUUCGCUGCCCGCAGAAAGAAAUUGACGCGCUCAGCAGAAGUGUAGAGAGCUCAAUUCCCUGCACACGUCUGUCCGCAGUUUACAGCUUCACCUGAAAACACUCUUAAACGAGGUCAUAAUUCUUGAGGAUGAUCUGGAGAAGUUAAUGGUUGCUCAGGAGACUGAGGAGAUGACGUGUAUGGGAUAUCAGGAGCUGAAGGAGCGUCUGCAGCUGCUGAAGCCUCACAUGCAGGCCAGCACCUGCUGCUGGGACGACACGCUCGUGCAGGUCGACCGCAUGCUGCGCCGAGUCUCCAGCUGCCCAGAGAGUUCAGAUCAGCCAGAGGAAACAGCCCCAGAUCCCCCUCCUCCUGCCCCCAUUACAAGCAUACAGGACAGAGACCCCGUCCCAGAGGAACAGGAGCUGGAGGCGUAUGUCUCGGACUCGGACUCAGAGACGGAGUGGAGGGGGGCCACAGACCUGCUGUCGCCAUGGGAACAGGAGCGCCAGCGCCGUGAACGUGAGGAGUCCAGACGUGUUUUACUCGAGCUGAAGUCUGUCCUGGGCAUCCGGACGUCAGAUGGAGAGAGAGACAAGCGCAAGCUUCUGCUGUUCAGUGAUCAGGCUGCCCUGGCUCCAUUUGCUGAGGACACAUCAAAAACGGACACAAACUCUUACGAACGGCAUCUUUCGGCAGAGUCCAUGACUACCACAGACAACAAUGUAUCCCAACAAGGAGAGGAGAAUGAAUGUGAACAGCUGGCUGAGAUUCUGAGUGGGGCGGAAAGAGAGAAAGAGUUUUGCUGUGGAGAUUCUGAUGUAACUGGGGCAGCUAAAGAUACCAGUGAGGAGACUGUGGAGGAAACACAGCUCUUCCAAUCAGACGGGGUUAUAUGUGACAGGCUCGAUGGGACACACCCACUCCCGUCCAGAGUGCCCACCCUCUCUGUGAUUGACAGACUGACAGAACUGCAUGGCUCAGAAGCGAUCAGUUUCAGCUCCGCCCUGGCCGCCCAGGUAGCAGCGCGCUCGCAUACGUUCACACACAUACAGGAAUGCACCUAUGGGGACUCCUCGGAGGAAGAGGAAGUGACAUCACUGCAGACGAGGGAACCUGAGGAGGACUGAAACGGCAAGAUAUUUAUUCUCGUCCUUUUAGUUGUAUUUAUUGGGCUUGAUUUCAGGUCACCGACAUCAUUGGAUGUAGCUGGUGUGUGUGAAUGUGUUUUUUGGUGUGUCUCUUUUAAAGUGCAUAUAUUUGUGUUUGGGGAAUUUUUGUUUCAUGUGACAUCCCGAGUCCACCCUCCUCAUGACAGGCCUCAGGAACAGACUGGCACAUGCUAGUACACUA